CGUUGCUCAUCUGGCCUCUGCCAGCGCCAGCAACUUCUUUGCGAGCGAGCGAAAAUGGCCCCACCCACGGCCCCAGCGAAGCCGGUCGACGGCGGCGCGGACGACGCCCAACUCCCCGUAGCCGACGUCGUCGUCGCGGACGAGACCGUGCCCAUCGCCGAGAGCGUCGCGGAGACCAUCGAGCCGCUCGCGGCCGCAACCAUCGAGAGCGACGCGGUCCUCGCGCAGCGGCUCCAGCGCGAGGAAGAACAGGGCGCGCUGCUCGUGCGCCCCGGCCCGCCGGCCGGCCGCGUCGCGGUCGUGGAAUCCCAGUACUACGGGCCCGUCAGUUUCCUGGCGUCGUGCCUCCUCUUCACGGUCUUCCCGCCGUGCGCGCUGAUUCCCUGCUUCUCGCCGUGCGACCGGGCCCAGGUCGUCACCGUCCAGCCCGACGGCGUCGCGCGCCGCCGCAACCGGCGGGUCUUCGUCGUCGUGCCUCCCGGCGUCCGUGUCGGCGACACGCUCCAGACGACGACGCCGGAGAACAUCGUCCUGAACGUGCGCGUGCCGCCGCGGACGGAGCCCGGUGCUCGGAUCUGCGUGCAGUACUAG